AUGCAGAAACUGAGAAAAGCAGUGAGCGAGAUCGCCUACGCUCAGAACCACGCUAAGCUCACUCAUCUUCAACUCUCUCUGAUCCCUGUCCUCCGCUUCGCCUCCUCUCUCUACAAGCUCGCUCUCUCUCUCCGCCGCUCUCUCUACCAUUCUGGCGUCUUCAGAAAGCACCGGUUGCCGGUGCCAGUGAUCAGUGUUGGGAAUUUGACAUGGGGAGGCAAUGGGAAAACUCCGAUGGCAGAGUUCAUUGCUCGCAUUUUAGCUGAUUCAGGAAUUUCACCUCUCAUUCUUACUAGGGGUUAUGCUGGUGGGGAUGAAGCCAAAAUGCUUCGUAGGCAUUUACUUGGAAGGCCUGUAAAGAUUGGUGUGGGUGCAAAACGGGCAGCUGUUGCUGCUCGAUUUUUUGAAAGAUAUGGUUAUGUUGAUCCUAGCUCUACAAAUAAACGCUCUGAUGGACUGUGCAUUGAACCGAAAGUGGGGGGUCAUCUUAGUUCAGAAACAAUUGGUGCUGUAAUUCUUGACGAUGGAAUGCAGCACUGGAGCUUGCAGCGUGACCUAGAGAUUGUAAUGGUUAACGGAUUAACACUAUGGGGCAACUGUCACUUAAUCCCACGUGGACCAUUAAGGGAGCCUUUGAAUGCGCUUAGACGGGCAGAUGUUGUUGUACUCCAUCAUGCAGAUUUGGUUUCAGAACAAAAUCUCAAAGAUAUUGACUUGAUGCUACAACAAGUUAAUAAAUCUCUUCCUAUUUUCUUCACUAAAAUGGAUCCCUGUUAUUUCUUUGACGUGGGAAAUGUCAACUCCAGAAAACCUCUGAGGGAUUUGUCUAACAGCAUUGUAUUAUGUGUUUCUGCCAUUGGUUCAUCAAAUGCAUUUGUGAAGGGAGUUGAGAAGAUAGGAGCAUUCUAUGUUGAUCGCCUUGAAUUCAGUGAUCAUCACAUAUUUCAGGCCAAGGAUAUUGAGAUGAUCAGGAGGAGACUAAGAGAGCUGGAGGACACGUUUGGGCACAAGCCAGUUGUUAUAGUCACGGAAAAGGAUUACGAUCGAGACCCAGAGAUUUUUAAGCACUUGGAUCCUUAUGAAGUUUUGGCACUCUGUUCGGAAUUGAAGAUCAUACCUCACAGAGAAUGCACUGAAGAUACCUUCAAAAAGUUAUUGAAAGAUGAAUUACAAGGUACAGACAGAAAUUAAGGUUUGCUCAGUUACAUGGCAAAACUGACAAACAUAUAUUAAAAAAUACAUCUGUAGAAAGGAUAACCUAACAAGCAUGCCA